AUGGAUAAAUUUCGUAUGAUCUUCCAGUACUUCCAAUCCAGUUCAGAGUCUGUAAUGAAUGGGAUCUGCCUUAUUUUGGCUGUGGCUACUGUGAAGAUUUACUCUUCCUUUGACUUCAACUGUCCCUGCCUGCCCCGGUACAAUGCCCUCUAUGGAUUGGGCCUCAUGUUCACACCACCCCUGGCCCUCUUCCUCUGUGGGCUCAUCGCCAACAGGCAGUCUGUGGUGUUGAUUGAGGAGUGGAGGAGACCCAUGGGAAGAAGGAAGAAGGACCCAGGCAUUGUCAAGUACAUGUGUUCUUCUGUCCUGCAGCGGGCCCUGGCUGCCCCCAUGGUCUGGAUCCUCCUCACCCUCCUGGAUGGGAAAUGUUUUAUCUGUGCCUUUAGCAGUUCAGUAGAUCCAGAGAAGUUUGCAGACUUUGCCAAUAUGACAGCCAGUGAUGUCCAACUCUUCCUCACCAAAGUGCCCUGCAAAGAAGAUGCUUUCGUGAGAGACAACCCUGCCCGGAAGGCUGUGUCCCGGUACCUGCGCUGCCUGUCACAGGCAAUUGGCUGGAGCAUCAUGCUGAUGCUCAUCGUGAUGGCCUUCCUGGCCCGCUCUCUGCAGCCUUGCUUUGACCAGACCCUCCUCAUUCAGCGGCGCUACUGGAGUAACUAUGUAGACCUGGAGCAGAAGCUGUUUGAUGAGACGUGCUGUGAGCACGCGCGUGACUUUGCCCACAAGUGUGUCCUGCACUUUUUUGACAGCAUGAGAAGUGAGAUGAAGGCACGAGGGCUGGCUGCCCCGCAGAGAGACGGAGUCCGCCCCUGGGAGAGCGGGCCAGAGACUGAAGGCCAGGAAGGUGAGGAAGGCAAGAAAGAUCUCCUGCGUGGCAUCGCCAACCAGGAGCAGGUGAACCAGCUCCUGACCACGUGGUAUAGGAGCAAACCUCCCCUGGACAUCACGCAGGCCAUUCAGCCCCCCCUGGGGGAAUGGGGGGGCAGCCUCAGCCACCGAGGACCCUCCUCUCCUCCAGCCACCAGAGGCUCCCAGCACACAGAUGUGUAA